CUGAGGAGCUCUGAAGUAGCUAAGGGAGCCGGUCCCGGUGAGAACAGGAGCCAUGCAGCGCCGGGGCCUAGUGGCUGGACCGGACUUUGAGUAUUUUCAUCGUCGGUAUUUCACGCCAAACGAGGUAGCAGAACACAACCAGCCCGAAAACCUUUGGGUGUCUUACCUGGGAUGUGUGUACGACCUAACGCCGCUUGCAGAGGAGUACAAGGGGAACCUGCUGUUGAAACCCAUCCUGGAAGUUGCUGGCCAGGACAUUAGCCACUGGUUUGAUCCAAAGACCAGAGACGUAAGCUCGGUUGGAAUCUGGGGAUGGUGGACUCUGCACUGGAGAAUGGGUAUAGGGAAGGACAGCCGGGAAUAACCAGAACCUGAAAUAGUGACCUCU